AUGAUUGUUCCUACUGCCCUCAUCUUCUCGCUCGCCUCGCUCAUCUCGGCGGCGCGCAUCGAUACCAAACCGAUCGAAGCUCGUGAUGCCAACAGACUCGUGCGUCGUCAUACCGGUCCUUACACUUGGUGCGGCAUCCAAAUCGCAUACAAUACUGAUGUAACUCUUGCGCUGCAAUGGCCCCUCAGAUGGGACAAGGACAAGCAUAGCUACGAGAUCAUUAAUGAGGGUGCUGUCACCUGGAGUCAUUACGAUCCCCCUGGCCUCAAGAACGGCCACAUUGUCAAUGCCAACCUGGAAAUUGCUGGCGAGCUCGAGACGAAGAAUACCUUUGACAUCUACCUCCAACUCGUCGUCGCACCUGAUGGUGACAUCCAGGGCGUCGGCCUUGUUCGAGCCAGCUACAACGGAGUGAGAUCGCCCCAGCUGCACCCUGGCUACGGCUUCCAGUGCAGUGAUGACCCCACCCAGACAAACAAAGUCACGAUUCCUUCGUACUAG